AUGGAGACGGGCUGCUACAAGAACUUGAAUGGCUUCGCGGUUUCACUCUGUGAAAUUUCAAUUGGAGGACCACUCCCUGGAUUAGGUUGAUUUCGUUUAGAUACAUUGAUUCAGCCGACGGUUCACCUUCGCUUUGCUGCUUUAACUGACUGUGGUAAAAAGGGGGCGCUUCCCUGGGAGCUCGCGAGCCUUACUGCCAUUCGCUGCAAGAAAAGACUGCUUUUACCGAAAAAAUAAACAAGGAAGAUAUCAAGAAUGACCGAGUGCGACUGGGACAAGAAAAAUACUUCAGCUUCAAACUCAGACACAGAGAUGAAACCUGAACAAACGACUCCUUGUGUGAACCCUGGCAACCCUGUGUUUUCAUGUAUGUUGGACCCAAAGACACUCAGUACAGCUACCUCACUAUCUAAACCUAAGAUGAUUAUGUAUAAAACCAAUUCAAGUAAUUAUGGUGAAUUUUUACCUAUUCCACAGUUUUUUCCCUGCAAUUAUACUCCAAAGGAACAAAUAUUUUCAAGCCAUAUCAGAGCCACUGGAUUAUAUCAAAAUAACACUCUAAAUACUGCACCUGACAGAAGCAGAACACUUGAUUUUCCCAAUUUUCAGCAUACCUUAUGAAAAUAUAUUCCUUUGUACAUUUAACAGAAAAUAUAGCCAUGAAAAUGAAUUUUAAAUCUAGGCUAUAAUACCUAAUUCAGAAAAUAAAAGGAGUUGAAGUAAUAAAAAAAAAAACCUUUAGGAAAUAAAGUAUUUCAACUGA